UAGAGAAAAGCGCACACACGCGAAACGGUGUGUGCCGGCAGGGGCUGUCGCUUUGUACGUGUACGCGGGUACAGAUCGCUGAACGUCGUCGUCGUCGUCGUCGCCAGCCCACGAUAGUCUAUUUAACUUUGCGUCCAUGCGCACGAUCCGCUCAGUGUUUAGUAACGCUUCCUGCGAGCUAGAACUCGCCCGUCGACUGGUGAACGCGUGCGCGGUGCUCCAACGGACACGAUCGAAAACAGCUUUUUGCAGCUUUGGUUUGGUUUUUUUCGAAGCUCGGUGUUAAAGUGUUGGUAAGGCGACCGGUACAGUAGUAGCGCUUGACGGUAGUGUUCUUUAUUUCCGUGCAAGUGGCACUUCAUUGUAAAGCAGUUGCCAAAAACGUUACCCCGUGUUUGUUUACAAUCCCACGUGUGUGUGUGUUUGUGUAUGUGUCAAUGUAACAAAUUUUGCUCGGGUGAAGAAAAAACAACCACAGCCUGCUGCGUGCGUGUUUACAUGUGCCGAUUGUGUGAGGGUGCAAAAUGAUGAAGCGACACUAUUACGUGCAGAAAAUGAACAGCCAGGAACGGUUGGCCCACGAAUCGGCCGGCACGGAUACGGCCGGCAGCUACACCGUCACGGUGCCGUCGCGGGUUGAGGUGCCACCGACCGGGCCCGCUACCUUUACCUCCGUUCUGCAGCUGCCACCGAAAGCGUCCACCGUUGACUUUGGCACGGUUAAUAUUUACCAACAGCCGGACAGAGCGGGUAGCAAGGGUGGCCGGAUGGCGUCGGCGGCGGCGGCGUCGAAUAGUGCACCCUGUGGCAAGGUGCACGAUCCGUCCUUCGACGAUAAGAGCGAUAACAGCAGCAAUCUGAGCGCGACGGCCAACGACGAGGACAGCGAUAUCAUAUCCGAGUACAUCGGGCAUUACGGCCGGUGGCAGUUCGGGUGGACGUUCCUGUUGUGCCUGUUCCAGAUACCGACGACGUUUCACAUCUUCUGUCUGGUGUUUCAGGCCGCCCAACGAGACUUUUGGUGCGCCCGGCCGGAUCAUCUCGCCGCCAUCCCGCUGGAGCUGUGGCGCAAUCUCACGCAGACGGCCACCGCCAGCCAGUGCAGCGUUCGGGCCGCACCGUACGAACAUCUGACGGUGGACAGCAUCCUGGACCACUUCCAGCGUGCAGCGUCGAACGCGUCCGAGGGCGAGCUGGAAAUGGCCUGCAGCAGCGGGUACGAGUAUGACGAUACGAUCUACGGCCAAACGAUCAUUGCCGAGUUUGGGCUGGUGUGCGAUCGGGCCCAUCUGAUGAGCAUCGUGGAGAUGUGCUUUCUGGCCGGGGCGGCCCUCGGGAGCGUCGGCAGCGGCUGGAUUUCCGAUCAGUUCGGCAGGCGGCACACACUGAUGGGGUUUGCUCUGCUUCAGGGUGUGACAGGCUUCGCACUCGGAUUUGUGACGUCGCUCGAGCUGUACAUGGCCCUGCGCGUGGUGAUCGGCUUUGCCUCGAUGUCGGUCGCGGUGGUCAGCUUCGUGUUGGUGGUCGAGCUGGUAAGCGGCCGGUACCGUACGAUCAUCGGCAUCCUCAACAUACUUCCGGUGGCCUUGGCCUACAUACUGGCCGCGGGUAUCGCUUACGUGGCGCGCGACUGGCGCACCAUGCAGUUCGCGAUCACGCUGCCCGGGCUGCUGCUCGUGACCAGCUGGUACUGGUGCCCGGAAUCGCCCCGCUGGCUGCUGGCCAAGGGCCGGCUCGACGAGCUGUGCCGGCUGCUGGAGCGGGCCGCCACCACCAACCAUCUGCAGCUGCCCGCCAACUAUCGGAAGGCACUGCAGGCCGAGGGUGAGGAUGCUAACGGCGGACAGGCGGAAGCCGCCAUCUCGGUCGGUGACGUAUUCCGGCGCAAGUUUAUCCGCACCACGCUCGUCAUGAUCGUCGUCUGGUUCGGGAUCAUACUGAUCUACUUCGGCAUUACGCUGCACCUGAGCAAUCUCGGUGGGGACAUCUAUCUGAACACGGUUAUUGCCGGUUCGGUCGAAGCGAUUGCCAUCUGUCUCAGCAUCGUGGUCGUGCUGAAGCUCGGCUUGCGGAUUAAUUUAUUCCUCUACAUGGUCGUGGCCGGAUUGUCCUGCAUCGUGAUGAACUUCGUGCCGGAUGGCAACCUCUGGCUGAUAAUUACGCUGGCGAUGGUCGUCAAGUGCUGUGUAGGAGCGUGUAACGCCAUCAUACCGACGUUUACCGCCUACCAGUAUCCGACCACGAUGCGCAACCUUGGCGUUGGGGUGGGAAAUUUCGCUGCCGGUGUGGCCCUUAUCAUCGUACCGUACCUGUGGCUGCUGGAACACGUUGAUCAGUACCUGCCGAUGACGAUCAUGGGUGUGUUCAGCAUUAUCGGUGCCCUAUCGCUGGCCAUCCUAAAGGACAAGCUCAGCCCAAAGUAUCGUCAGCGCAAGCAGGCGAAGCAGGCGUCGAUCUAUCAAAAUGCUGCCACCAUCAACGGUACGAAGCACCACGCGGCGAUGGAAAACGACGAUCCAAAACGGCGCCUGGGUUCGCACUUCCCGCACAGCACGGACGAUGGGGCCGGCAUCAGCAACAUCGGAUUUGCGCAGAACGAAAGCAUCUUUCUGUAAAGCUUUACAGUAAGACAUGCUCUCUCUCCCUCGUUUUCUCUCUCUCUCUUUCUCUCUAUUAGUAAAUAAUAGCGGGCAGGGGAUACAGUUUUCUGUAGCAAGUUCUAAUGCAGCUAGUUAAAUAGAUGGUACUACAAUCAGACUAGCGGAGCAAGUAGAAUCAAACCAUUGGGAACAGAUUUCAGCACACAAUUUAAAGCUAGUAUUUAAAUUUAGAUGCAACACAGUGUGACAUUCCGAUAACGAUGUGCAUUGAUAUUAUUCGUAAGUAAGCGAUUAGUAAGGCGGGAUCGCUCGCAGGUUGAGCAUACAGCAUUCAUGACAGUAUUUCGAACGGGUCAGGAUUUGGUGUACUAAAGCCCAAUGGGAAGUUAAAGGUUUCAUGGCGAACCAUAGAUUCCCAGAACCAGUUUACCGAGCGCGCAUGGGGAACAUACACGAUCGCAACACGAACAAAAAAAAAACGGCAACAUGUGAUAACAGAUGCUACAACCUUCCGAAUGAGGCACGAUUUCAUCGACCUACUUUAUUGAUAGUUAUUUGUAAGAUAUUUAAGUACUAAGGACAUCUGCAGCAGCAAGUAUUAUUGCAACCUUCACUACCUUUAGGGCAAAUAGGUACAGCAAGUAUUAGGCAACUCCGGGCUCUGCAUAAGGGUUAUGCAAGAUAGCUAAAGUAAGUGCAAUAUAACGGUGUUGUUGAACACGUUAGUGUAGUUUCUACCUAGUGCUACUGAUAUUCAAACCUGCUGGAAUAAAGUGGAUUAUUAUUGAA